UUUUUUUGUCAAUAACAUUUUUUCUUCUCUGUUCCAGGGGGGGGGGGGAUUAUAAAGGUGAAACCUUUUGAUCUCCUGGGGGAGGAAGCGAUCAAUUACUCUUCUUUCAUCAAUCCGCGGACUCCUUUGACCCUCCUCGUAGUCUUUGAUCGUCUCCAACGAAUCGGGUUUCGUUAGAUUCGAUCAAAGCUAAGGACUUUUAAAAGGUUUGAAGUGGGGUUGCUUGAAGUAAUUGAUCAAAUAGAAAAUGUCUUCUCUCAUCUCACAGCAAUGGCAGGAGAGAACUAGUGGAUUCUUUUCUUCAUCUGGAACGAAGCUAAGGGAAGCGAGGCAAUCAGCUGGUAGUUUUGUCGGAGAAGUCGCCAAAGAUGCGAAAGUGAACGUUGCUGAUGUUGCAGAAAGAGUUGGAUCAUUGUUCAAAAGCAGGUGGGCGAUUCUUCAGCAGCCUGCAACUAGACACGCCGUGCAAGAACACCUGAUAACAGCUGCUGCCACCACCGGGACGUUGGUCAGGAAGGGUUUAACUGAGACCAAGGAGGUGGUCUCCGUUGGAAAGAUCAAAGUGGAAGAGGCUGCAAAAAAGACUGCGCAAAAGAGCAAGACUCUUUUGACAGAUAUAGAAAGAUGGCAGAAGGGAGUUGCCAGCUCAGAUGUGUUCGGUGUUGCGAUUGAGAUCACUGUCCAGCGUCAGGAGUCAAGCAGGCCUAUUCCAUUUAUACUGAUGAAAUGCGCAGAUUAUCUCAUUUUAACAGGACUUAACUCACCAAACUUGUUCAAAGCCGAAGGAGACAAGAAGUUGAUCCAACAAUUGGUUUCUGCUUACAAUCAAGAUCCCAGCGCGUCAAUACCUGAAGGGGUGAAUCCAGUUGAUGUAGCUGCACUCAUGAAAUACUAUCUCGCUAGCCUUCCCACACCACUAACUACUUUUGAGCUUUACAACGAAAUCAAAGACGCAAGGUCGAGCGUAUCCAGACUGAGAAAGUCACUCCAGAAGCUUUCUAGUGUCAACUACAACACGCUUGAGUUCAUAACAGCGUUGUUGCUUCGUGUGAGCCAUAAAGCACAACUCAACAAGAUGGAUUCACACAGCCUAGCUAUGGAGAUGGCUCCGGUGAUCAUAUGGCGAGAGGAGAAGAGACCUGAGUCUUAUAGGGAAUAUUGGAGACGGCCAACGAGGAGUCCUAAGAAAAGCAUUGACUUUGAAACUGCUUCUCCAUGGGACUUGCUCUCAGAUGAAGGAGAAGGUGUUGAUGCAUCUUCAUCGAUCUCUCUGGAUGAUAUCGUUCAAGUUGAUUUUGGUGCGGUGGACGUUGUGCAGUGCCUGAUUGAACAUCACAAUGCGAUUUUCACUGAUGCAGGGGAAACUGUGUGGAGGUGAAAAAAAACAAUAACUGCUUAACUGAUCUUUCUCUGAUGAUUCGAGAUUCAAGUGUUGUGUGGCUUCUCAUUUUCCGGACCAAACCAGAAGAAACGUAUGCAUUUUUGAUAUGGAAGAAUGAUGAUGACUUAACUGGUGGCUUUCAGUAAAUAAGCUUUGUUUCAUAUGGUUCUUCUCUAAACAUUGUUUAGACCUGAGAUGCUGUUCAAAAAUAAGUUUGUUGGCUUUACAAGUAAUCUACAUUUGAAUUGUUUCCUUA